CUAUACAAUGAUCAAGGUUCACAAUAUCUUGUCGAAGUGGGCAUUGGUACCCCACCUCAGAAAUUCAUAGUUACUCUUGAUACCGGAAGUGCUGACCUCUGGGUUCCCUCAACUGAAUGUCCAUCAAAUGCCUGUCCGUUUUCCCGGUUCAGUUCUUCAAAUUCGUCCUCGUUCAAGUCACUGAAUCAGAACUUUGGUAUCCAGUAUGGUAUUGGUAAUGUCAAUGGCACUUAUGCUACAGAUACCGUGACCGUAGGCGGUGCAACUGUAUCCAACCAACAGUUCGGUCUGGCUACCUUCACCAAGGAUAUCCUACAGCCUAACCCAUCUGCUGGCGGCGAAGGCUCAUCUGCCCCAGGAUUCAAUGGCAGUGCAAAUAAUAAUCAAGUCGAAGCCAAUGGUAUCCUCGGUCUGGGUUAUCCUGCUCUGACACAGGCCAACAGUCAAGGAGGAAACGCCUAUAAUCCAUUUGUAUUUAACUUGGUAUCGCAAAAUCUGAUCAAAGAGCCCGUUUUUUCAAUCUACCUCAACAGCAUCUCUAAAUCCGGUUGGUCAGGCGAAAUUAUCUUUGGUGGCGUUGAUCAAAGCAAAUUCGAAGGCAACUUGACUUACCUACCCGUAGCUGGAUUAACCUCGAGACGAUCAAGCACAUUAGGAGGAAAUAAUAGUAAAUUCUAUUAUUGGAUGGUCUAUGGUCAGGGAUUGGGUGUUCAAAGCGCAAACCAUGGUUCGAACCCGUAUUGGAAUCUCAAAGAGAUGGGUGCAUUCAUUUUAGACACAGGCACAACAUUGACAUACUUGCCUACUUCUGUCGCUACUGAAAUUGUCGCUGCAUUUGCUGGUAGUAACGGUUAUGCUCUUGAUCGAUCCUCAGGUGUCUUUGCUGUCGACUGUAACACGGCCAAUAGUCCAGCAAGAUUCGAGCUCCAGAUGUCUACAUCAAGUUCCAGAUCAUCUAGUCCUAUCGUCUUGAGUGUCCCCGCUUCCGAGUUGGUCAUCCCUCUCGAUAGCAAUGAUGUAUCUACUGCCUCCGUUUGCAUGUUUGGUAUCGCUCCUCUUGGAGGUUCCGGAAGUAUUGGGGCCAACAUGUAUCUCGUGGGUGACUCUGUUCUUCGCUCUGCUUACAUGGUCUUUGACAUGGGACAGAACCGAGUUGGUUUGGCU